UCAUUGCCUGUGCUUCAAUAUACACUUUUGAUGACAUGACAAAUUGAAUGUGAAUCUUUUUUUCCCCUAAAUGUUUGUUAUAAUUUACUCAUCAUCAUAAUGAAUCGUAAAAAUAAAUCUAGCCAUGAUGAUGAUGAUGAUGAACAACAACCAAAACAACAACAUGAUUCCGAUGAUAAUCUAUUUAUCGAUUUACCUGUCAAUCAAUAUCAAACAUCUGCAUCAUUCGUUAUGAUUUUUAAUCAAAAUAUACCUUUGGAAACAAAAAAAUGGUUAAUAUCAUUAUUAAAAUCGAAUCAAUUACAAUUAUCGAUUAUUAACGAUAGUAACAAUCGAUAUAUUCGUUCAUCAUCAUCAACAACUCGAAUACCGGAAGAUUUAACAUUAUUAAUUAGCUGUUCGGAAAAAUUAUUCGAACAAAAUGUUCAUCAUGUUUUUAAACAAUUAAAACGUCAAAAUUUAAUGACAGAUAAAUCAUUGGAUUCAACAAAAACAUCGACCGAAUUGAAUACAGCCGAAAAACAACGUAUUCUUUAUCAAUUAAUUCAACAAAUUUGUUCACCAAAUCGUACAACUAUUAUUGGCCUUCCGGAUAUUACACUUUAUCCUGGGCAAUCAAUAUUUGAAAUUUGUUGUCAUCAUAAGCUGAUAACACAUUAUUUUCCAUUACAUGAUUAUGAACAUUUAGAAAAUUUACGUUCAAAUUAUUGUUCAUUUUUCAGUCAUAAUAUCGAUUAUGUUCGUGAUUAUUUUGGUGAAAUGAUUGGAUUUUAUUUUGCUUUUCUUAACUAUUAUCGUGAUAUGUUUUGUUGGACAAGUAUUGUCUUUUUAUUAUGUUGGUCAUUACAAAUUCCAAAUGAAUUAUAUACAAUAAUUAUUUGUUUUGGUUCAUUUGUUUUUAUAAAAAUGUGGAAACGUUUUGCAAAACGAUUAGCAUUCGAAUGGGGUACAAUUGAUCAUAUUGAAUUGGAAAAAGCACGGCCAGCAUUUCGUAGUAAAUGUAUGAAAAUUGAUCCAAUUACUGAAGAAAUGGUACCAUAUUAUCCAUUAACAAAAACCUGGUGUAAAGAAUAUUUUAUAUCCGUACCAUUUGUUAUUGUUUGUUUAUGUUUAUCAUUUGAAUUAAUGUGCAUGUAUUUUGAUUGUGAAACAUGGAUGGCCAAUUAUUAUGAAGAAAAUCCAUCAAUAUUGAAUUUUAUUAUAUGUUUCGCACCAAGUAUCAUUUAUGCAAUAAUUGUUAUGUUUAUGAAUCAUUUAUAUAUUGUUAUUGCAACCAAAUUGAACAAUUAUGAAAAUCAUAAAACACAAGAAUCACAUGAAAAUCAUUUGAUUGUCAAAUUGGUUUUGUUUGAAUUUUUCAACAAUUUUAUCUGUCUUUUUUAUAUUGCAUUUUAUUUAAACGAUAUGGACAUGUUAAGAUAUACCUUAAUAACAAUGUUGACCGUAAACAAGACGGUGGAAAAUUUUCUCGAAGUAUUUAUACCCAUGUUUUUGAUCUAUCGUAAUGAACCGAAAAAAUUAUUUCAAUCAUCAAAUAAAUCAACAAUCACAUCGUGGCAGCAACAGAUUUUUGAUGAAAAAAAUCUCUACAUCUAUGAACACACUUAUUAUGAUUGUUUGGAAUUAUUCAUCCAAUAUGGUUAUGCAUUUUUAUUCGUAUCAAUUUGGCCAUGGGCACCAAUUGUUGCUGCAAUCAACAGUAUAAUGGAAGUUCGUAUGGAUGCUGCUAAAUUAGUCUAUUGUAAACGACGUCCAUUUCAAAAAACAAUGAAAUCAAUCAAUAAUGCAUGGAUUAAAUCAUUUGAAGUUCUUUCCAUUAUAAUUGUAAUUUCAAAUUUUCUAACACUGGAAUUAAUAUCCAAUAAUGUUCGAUUGUUAAGUUUAUAUUUUAAUCUUUCAACAUUUAAACUUAUUGUUUAUGCUGAACACAUUUUUCUUACAAUCGUAUUAAUAUUCUGGUAUGUUGUACCGGAUAUUCCACGUGAUAUACAUCAUCGUUUGAAUCGACGAAAAUAUCUUCAAUUUACAAAUCAAGAUGAUAAAAAAUUUCAAUAAUUCUAUCUAUCUUGCAUUCUAUCUAGUUAGUUAGUUAGUGAUAAUCAUAUCAUCUUUUUGAUCUUGUUGUUGUUGUUGUUGUUGGUUGUGAUUAUUUUCACGAAAUCCU